AUGGAGAAUAGGAACAACGUGACAGAGUUUGUUCUCUUGGGGCUCACACAGGAUCCAAAAUUGCAGAAGAUCAUAUUUGUUAUGUUUUUGGUCGUCUACAUCACUUCUGUGGUAGGAAAUUUGUUCAUCAUGGUCAUCAUUAUAGUCAGUCCAUUACUGGGUUCUCCCAUGUACUUUUUUCUGGCUUAUCUCUCCCUUAUUGAUGCUUGCUACUCCUCUGAAUACCCUAAACUGAUCUUCGAUUCCCUCCGUGAAAGGAAGACCAUCCUCUUCAAUGGAUGCAUGACCCAAAUCUUUGGGGAACAUUUCUUCGGAAGUGCUGAGGCCAUCCUGCUCACUGUAAUGGCCUAUGACUGCUAUGUGGCCAUCUGCAAGCCCUUGCACUACACAAGCAUCAAGAACUGGAGGGUGUGUUGGCUGCUAAUUGGAGUGGCAUGGGUGGGAGGCUUUCUUCAUGGAAUCAUACAAAUCUUUUUCAUCUUCAGAUUACCCUUCUGUGGCCCUAAUGUCAUAGACCACUUUUUGUGUGAUCUGAACCCUUUGCUAAAUCUUGCCUGCACUGAUACUCACACUCUAGGAUUAUUUGUUGCUGCCAACAGUGGUUUCAUCUGUCUUAUAAACUUCAUCCUUUUGAUGGGCUCCUAUGUGGUCAUUCUGCGCUCCCUAAGGAACCACAGUUUGGAGGCAAUGCGCAAGGCUCUCUCCACUUGUGUCUCCCACAUCACAGUUGUCACCAUGCUUCUUGUGCCCUGCAUUUUUGUAUAUCUGAGACCUCCAGUUUCUUUACCAAUUGAUAAAGCAGUGGCUGUAUUCUACACUAUGAUAACUCCCAUGUUAAAUCCUUUCAUCUAUACCUUGAGAAACGCCCAGAUGAAAAAUACCAUUAGGAAUUUGUGUAAUAGAAAAGCUAUUUCAGGUGAUAAAUAA